UGGGACUCUGAAGGAGCUGGAGGGCACCUACAAUGCCUUCUGCACAGAGCGACGGAAACCCAGCAUGACGGCCGCCCAGAGCUCCUCCAGUGGCCUAGAGGUCCUUCUCUGCAGCCUGCAGAAUGUGAGGGAUGUGGAGAGCACCUUAAAUAUCCUGAGUGUCCUGGAUGAACUUCUGUCAGCCGGUACAGAUCGUCGCAUUCACUACAUGAUCACUAAAGGAGGAAGCGAGGCGCUCCUCACCGCGCUGGUCAACAACUGCUGCGUUUUCACUCCCAACUACACCGUCCUGCUGCCGCUGCUGCACCUCCUGGCCAAAGUGGGACACAGAGACCGCCGUAUCGGCGUGAAGGCAGAGGAUGCUGGAGCUGUGCUUCUGGUCCUGAAGCUGCUCAAACACAACGUCCAUCAUGCCAGGAGGGCUGCAGCCUGUCUCUGGGUCAUCCGGGUCUUCUCUUCCUCAGUUUGUACUGCCAAACUGAUUGGAGAAAAUCAAGGACUGGACAUCAUCUACCACCUCAUUCCAGCUUACACCACCAAGCACCUGCAAACCAUCAAGGCAGCAAUCAAUGCUUUAGCAGCUCUACUGUGCACAAGGGCAAACAUCAGCUCUGUGGUCCAUAAAGGUUACAUCUCGGGGCUUUUGUGGCUUUACAAAGACUGGCACACCAAAGACACGCAACAUGUCGCAGUGGAAGUCCGCUACGCACUGCUCUGCUGCCUCCAUAAGGCCACCUGCAGUACUGCAGGAAGACAGGCCCUGGUGUCCGACGGAGGCCUCGGUCUUUUGUACGAAACAACUCAGAGCUGCUUGUCGAAUAAAAGUCUGGAAUGUUUGGUGGAGCCGUCGGUGCAGCUGAUGAGGAAAUGUCUUCCUAAAACCCCCCUGCCGCUGACGUCCGAUCAGUCUGUGUACACCUUCCCCCUGCCCGGACGACCCCCCGCUGCUCCUGAUGUGGGCGUGGCCACAGAGGAGAACAGCGAGGACAGUGAUUUUGAAGAAGACAAAGAUACUCAAGAGGCCGACGUCAGAGACUACGACGACGACUUGGAGACCGACGUGAACAAACUUCGUCACCGUCCCGAACCGGACAGGUCUAAAAAUCAGCUGUUACAGUACGGCCGCCUCUGUCCCGAGCUCACACAUGAUUUUCAGGAGCUGAACCUGGCCUCAGAGUCAGAGGAGAGUUCGACGGCGUCGUCGGACGAGGAGGCCGUCCUGCUCAACAAGCUCACUCCUGAAUCCUCCAGGAGGAACAGAAUGAGACGCUCUGCCAGCACAGACUCCUCCAACUCCUCCAAAUCACAGAGAGAGUCUGUGAAGGGACUCACACCAGGCACUCCUCCGCGAGAGGCAGCUGACCUCCACAGUCACAGUGGACUGCUCAGCACCAGCCCCAGCUUCAGGACCAUGAUCAGAGAGGCAACGGGAGAUGCGAGCCUUAACGAUAGGCUGGAUGACGAAGAAGAUCCAGGACAAGGAUCUCCUCAGUUUGUCAUGAUAGACAGGUUAUUGGAGAGACAUGGAGGAUGUAUUCCCCACCACGAUCCCGAGCUGUACUGCGCUAUAGCUGCCAAAAUCACAUCUAUUCCAGGGUUCAACAUCCUGGCUUUUCCUGAUUUCUGGGGUCACCUCCCUCCACCAGGAAAUGAAAUCAUGGCCCCACGCAAGCCCAAGAUUCAGAGGCAAAAAGUGUUUGAAGAUAUCCGACGGUUCCUCAACACAGACGACAUCAUCAACAAAGUAGUCUUUGACCUGGAGGAAAGCAAUCCUCAAUAUCACCCCGAGUCCUUGAAUUUCUUUUCAAAAUUUGAAUGUGGAAACCUGAGAAAGGCAAUUCAGGUGCGCAGACAUGAGUACGACCUGGUCAUGAAUGCGGACGCUAACUGCUCCCAGCACACGCAGUGGUUUUACUUUGAGGUCAGCAACAUGGAAGCAAACGUCCCGUACCGCUUUAACGUCAUCAACUGUGAGAAGUGCAACAGCCAGUUCAACUACGGGAUGCAGCCGGUGCUGUACUCUGUGAAGGAGGCUCUGGAAGGUCGACCACACUGGGUGAGGACUGGAACUGAAGUCUGUUAUUUCAGAAACUACUUUUGUCCUGCUCAAGGCCGGAGGAGAACCACGUUUUACACUCUGACCUUUACAGUCACCUUCAAGCACAACGAGGAUGUCUGCUACAUGGCCUAUCAUUAUCCCUACACAUACUCCGCUCUGAAGGCUCAUCUGAAAGUGCUGCAGAAGUCUUUAGAUCCCUGCAAAGUCUUCUUCAGGCAGCAGGUCCUUUGCAGCACGUUAGCAGGAAACUCUUGUCCCGUGGUCACCAUCACUGCCUGUCCGGCCAGCAGGGCCUGGAAGGAUUUGCACCAGAUGCGUAACCGUCCCUGUGUGGUUCUGACGGGCCGGGUUCAUCCCGGAGAGUCGAACGCCAGCUGGGUCAUGAAGGGAACCCUGGAGUUCCUGUGCAGCGACGACCUGGUGGCUCAGAGUCUGAGAGAGGCCUUCAUCUUCAAGAUCAUCCCCAUGCUCAACCCGGACGGAGUCAUCAACGGCAUGAACCGCUGCGACCUGAACAGUCUGGAUCUGAACCGUCAGUGGUGUAAACCAGACCCUGUCCUGAGUCCAACCAUUUAUCACACCAAGGGUUUCCUGUACUACCUCAACAGUAUCGGACGAACCCCGCUGGUGUACUGUGACUACCACGGCCACUCCAGGAAGAAGAACGUCUUCCUGUACGGCUGCAGCGUGAAGGAAACCCUGUGGCAGUCCGGCUCGGCCGUUGACACCGUGGGACUCAAAGAAGACCCCGGAUAUCGAACUAUUCCAAAGACCUUGGAUCGUAUCGCACCAGCCUUUUCUUUCAACAGCUGCAACUAUUUGGUGGAGAAAUCUCGCUCGGCCACAGCCAGAGUGGUGGUCUGGAGGGAGAUCGGCGUGCUGAGGAGUUACACCAUGGAGAGCACUUACAACGGAUGCAACCAGGGGAUUUUCACAGGCCUGCAGGUGGGAACCAGGGAGCUGCAGGACAUGGGCCUGAAGUUUUGCCACAGCCUGUUAUCUGUGACCAGCGACAUGAGGGCUUUCUACACCAGGAAACUCAUCAACCACGUCAACCUGGAUCACAACAUCCUGGACCACAAAUCACACAACUGUUUUGAAGACGACGAGCCUCCGUGUGUGGAGGAGAUCGAGUACUCGCCGGAUUGUCCCUCGCUGAAAGGCGACGAUCUGGACUCAGACGUCAACAGCAGCAUGGCUAAGGAAGAGGAGGAGGAGGAAGAGUACAGCACCUGUGACCUGACGAUGAAGGCCAUUCAAGCAUCCAGCGACGCUCACAUCUCUGUCCCCAACGGACAGACUGUGGAUUGAAGGGACGUGCAGAAGCAACUCCUGACCUUCAAGUGAUGAAUAACAGAUUUCCACGUUGCGGUUGCACUUUUUCAGUUGAAGUUAUCGUAAUGACCGAGAGCUGAGCAGCUGGUGGACCACAGUCUCCCAUAAAUUACUGAUUGGUUUCACAGCAGACUGGGAAGCAGGUUCAGAUCAGUGUCGAGUAGAAAACUGACCAAAAAUGCACUUAUUUUAAGAUUUAUAGCUUAAAUAAUUGUCUAAAUGUGAAAUAAAUGAAAGCAUCGAUGUGGUGACAUUUAAAAACAAAUCCAAAUUUGUCAUAAUUUACACGAUUAAAAGAAGAGUUGAUGGAUUUUGUGACAUUAGCAGCUGUGAUUCUUCUAGAUCCACGAGCUGGACGUGUUUCGCCUCAACGUAAGGAGGAAGCGGGACGGUGUGUGUGUGUGUUUGGUCGAGUAAAGGUCCUCAAACAUAUGUUUACUGAUGACGUGAGCAUGGGAUUGUGUGUGUGUUGGCAGAAUAAAUGUGUUUGUAUUCUGAGUUUAGACAUA